GUACAAUUGACAAUCUGACAUGUUCGAUGUUUCGUAGCCUUCGCCUUGUUGGGUUUCGUAUGAAAAAUCUUAAAAAAACAGCACGUAGUAUCUAUCUUUGGCGUUUUCCAAGUGUUCCCCAACAUGUCGUACCUUUCUAGAAGGGACGUAGACAGUCUAAAGCCAUCCGUAGACAAAGUGGUGUAUAAAACACUGGGUAGCAGUGAUUCGGCAGUGCUGAGAGUUGCUCUAGAUUGCUUGAGUGGUGGCUAUGAUAAACGCAAAACUAUAGACAAACUCUCAUCGUAUUUGGAUAGCAGGAAAGCUGGUAAGCUCGCAGAUAAAAUAUUCGAUAUAGUUGAGGAUUAUAGGAGUUCGCACAGAUCGAAAAAAAGGAGUCACGAUGACGACAAAGACAGGGAUUCUAAACGUUCGAGAGGCGAAAAGGAUAAGGAAUUCAGCUCUCCAAAGACGAAGCCACCAGAAGAGAAGGAAAAGAAAUCGUUUGAACCGCCUUCCAACAAGAAUAACGUCAGCAUUGCAAAUUUGAGUAUUCCCGCGCCUACCAUGUACGGUAUACCGCAAGGACUGUUAAACAGAGGAGAUGCUGACAAGGCUCGCAAGAUAGCCCAACUUCAAGCUCAAAUCAAAACGAAAUUGAACUCCGGAAUCCUCGGAAAUGCCAUUCAGAUCCCGAUUCAACCCAACAAACCUGCACCGCUCAUCCUCGAUGAAGACGGAAAGACCAUCGACAAAUCUGGCAAGGCGAUUCAGCUGACUCAUGUAGCUCCGACUCUCAAAGCUAACAUGCGCGCCUUGAAGAGGGAACAGAGUAGAGCAGGCGGUAGUGAGAAACAGCAUGAAGAAAAUAGCGAGACGAAAUUCGUCGAUCCGAGAAUCGGCGUCAAACCGGCAAUUAGGACUAAGCGGGCAUUGAGGUUCCACGAGCCUGGCAAGUUCCAACAGUUGGCCGAGAGAUUGCGCAUGAAGGCUCAGUUAGAAAAAUUGCAAAAUGAGAUAUCCCAAAUAGCAAAGAAAACGGGCAUUUCAUCUGCAACAAAACUUGCUCUGAUUGCAAAAUCCGAAGGACACACUGAUGAAAUACCGCAAAUGGAGUGGUGGGAUUCGGUGAUUUUAGUUGACAAUUUAGAUACUAUGGAUGGAGAUAAAAUUGCUCUAAAGGAAUCUGCUAUCAAUACGUUGGUAGAACAUCCUACACAGAUGAGGUGUCCAACUGAUCCUAUCAAACCAGUAUACAUGCCAGUCUUCUUGACCAAAAAAGAGAGGAAAAAGCUGAGAAGACAAAAUAGGAGAGAAAUGUGGAAAGAAGAACAAGAAAAGAUCCGUUUGGGGCUUGAACCACCCCCAGAACCAAAAUUGAGGAUAUCCAAUUUGAUGAGAGCACUCGGUACCGAGGCCGUGCAGGACCCUACAAAAAUCGAGGCUCAUGUCAGAGAGCAAAUGGCCAAAAGGCAGAAGGCCCAUGAAGAUGCAAACGCAGCCCGAAAACUAACGGCAGAGCAGAAACGCGAGAAGAAAAUAAAAAAAUUGAAAGAAGACACCUCGCUGGGUACGAACGUAUCGGUGUACAGAAUCGGAGAUCUGCACGAUCUGGCGUCGAAAAAGUUCAAGGUCGAAACGAACGCCAAGCAACUGUUCAUGACGGGCAUGGUCGUCUUGUACCCGGAUUGCUGCGUGGUCGUCGUCGAAGGCGGCCCGAAGCAACAGAAGAAGUACAAGAGGAAGAAAAUGGUUUAGUAAUUUCGGAGGAUUGUGACACGAAUCUGCUGUUCAAGCGCGAUGGAAUUUCAAAGUUGGUAUCACUGACUGCGGUCUGUCCAGAGCAAUGAAACGUGCCAUACGGAUAAGAUUGAUGCUCAGCCGGAUAAAGUGGGAAGAGGACAUGGUCAAGGACCCGGACGGCAGAGACGUGCCCAACAGGUGCGUGUUGGUGUGGGAAGGUACGACGAAGCAGAGGAACUUCGGGGAGAUGAAAUUUAAGGUGUGUCCGACGGAGAAACUGGCACGGGAGCAUUUCAAGAAGCAUAAGGUCGAGCAUUACUGGGACCUGGCGUAUAGCGGGGCGGUCCUGGAACAAGCCAACGAUGCUGUGGAGUAAAUGUGGCGUUAUGUGAAUGUACUUUUGUCGUAUGAUCAUUGUAGAUUAAUUUUUAAGAUAAUACAAUCUUGGUUAUAA